UUGUCGCAGGAAAUUGUAAAAGCAACCUUAAGUUCUAGUAUUCGUAUCGAAUUGACAAAUUAAAGUUACAUGUAUUGUGGAAAAAAAUAGUUUGUAAUAAAUGUAAGUUAUAUAAAAGAUUACUGAAUGAAUGGUUCACAGAGAAUUAGGUUCAAGAGAAACAUUUAACUGAUAAUGACUGCAAUCACGAUUUGAAACAAUGGCGUGUGAACAUCCAAGGUACAGCUCUGUUAUGAGCAGGCUGAAGAUGUUCAGUGGUGGCGAGGCCCUGGGUGCCCGCUGGACCCUGGGGGCGCUUCUCUUGGCUCCACUGACAGCUGCUAACUCCAGCUAUGGUGCCGUGCCCGCUGUCAUGUUGCUAGCUCUCUAUAUCACCUUUGCUUCAUUCACAAAUAGAGAUUUAAAGAAGUUAGCCGACAUCUUGCCUCCACCAAAGACAGCAAGAGGCAGAAGGGAGAGAAACCUACGAUCGUUUGCCGACUUCAUGUCCAUGUGGAUGUGGUUUCUGUCUCACUUAGUGGCUGUGGCCGUGUGUGCCAGGAUACUAAGCUCUACCGCCGACCACGUGACUGGAGGGCGAACUAGAAGAUGGCUGUUUGGUUAUGAGACCAGGUCCCUGGGUGAACCCUGGCCCGAUGUCUUAGGAGUUACAGUCGUAUUAAUAGUCUGCGCUAUGUUUAUGUGUGGACUGGAGGAAAGCAUAAUGUUCACGUCUUUGCUGCUAAUUCUUCUAUAUGUAUUCAGUCAAGCAUUCGCAAUAUUUGGUCUAAUUAAUCUCGAUAUUGCCAGCAUUAAAAUCCCGAUACCUAUCACUGUAUACGAGUUAUUUGCAGCUGGAGCUCCGAUGUCGUAUAUUUUCUGUACAGUUCCAAAACAAAAAGAAAAUGAAAAUUACCAAAAGAAAAUGGUAAUUAUGAUUGGCUUACCUGCUGCUGUGUUGAGCAGUUUAUGUUUCCUCUACACUAACAUGCUUAAAGGGGACAAUAUCAACGCCGCCCUGCCAGUAAGUUCGUUACUCGAAGCGAGAGCCGCGAAUUGGAUUUGCCCAGCUCUGGCCGGCGUCACGGUUGCAGGAGUGAGCCUCGCUCUGACAGAACUGUGUCCAUUGCUGUUCUCUGUGCUAGUGCUGCUGGCAUCUUCCGAGUGGAAAGUCUUGACCAGAUCUAUGACUUAUGAGAGUACUACAACAGGCAGUCCAGUUUUAGCUGUUUUUACUGGAGGAAGUCUCGCAGCGAUACUUGCUUUUGCAUGUCCUCUCUCACAUAUGAUAACGUUGAUGAAUGCUAGUCAUUUACUAAGCAUUGCAAUACAAGCUCUACAUUUUAUAAUAAUGAGAUGCGUUCCUACUGUUGAACAAGUCGAAGCUGGAGACGUCGAAUAUAAAAGAUUAGGCGGUGGAAGCACAUCGAGAAAAUCUUUAACCAAACGAGCAUUGUGGUUCAUACCUCCUGCUAUACGACAUACAAAGACUUUGGAGAGUAUUAAAUCCAAAGUACAUAAAGACGCCGAGGAAAGAGAAUGUCUUUUGCUUGACGAGUACGCUGGAGUUGCUGGUGAAGAUUCGGAGCAGAUCAGUUCGGGCAGUGGAAUAGCUGAACUGGCAGUAGAGGAAGUUGUGGACAUUACUUCCGAUAUUGAAGCCAGUGAUGGUGGCUUGUCAUCAGGGGACGACUCCACUGAUAUUGACGCAGCGGUUAAGGAGUAUAGAGAUAGGAUACAAGUAGUCACUGCAAUUCCCGAAUCCAGUAUACCUGUACCUCCAAAUGUGCGUGGUGCUAUGUGGUCCGCAAUCGGCGCUGGUGUGCAGAUCGUGGCUGAUGCUUUGAUUGCAGUGGCUUUUUGCAAUGAGAAGCUUAGAGUGGUUAUGUUUUCCACAGGAGGGCCCCUUUGGCUCUGUGGCACACUCAUCUGCACAUGGCAGCCAGCACAUAACAUUGGCACGAAGACAUUGAACAAGCUACAGGGACCAGUCACCAUGAUGCUCUCUCUUCUUCUACUCACGCCUCUGCUGCUUGACUCCUGGCCUGCUAUUAUUUUGUUUGCGGGUGCCGGUGUAGUGAUCUAUGCCCGCUGUGAGCGCUGGUGCGGGGACCUGGCUAUGCUGCAAGCUCGCGCCAGUCUAGAGCGCCGUAAGCUGCACCGCGUGUCUUCUGCGACGCCACUCGCGGGGCCGCACGCGCGCCUCACACACAUCGAUACCGUCUACAUCACUAGAUGACACGACGACUCGGACACAAGUCUGGAUGACUUAUUGGAUCUUGCCGACGACCUGGAGCACGAAGAUGACUGACGACAAUUUCAAUAAAGCACUUGUUAACAUAACAUAAUAAUAUAUUACGCACACAGGGAGUAAAGCAGGUGAUUCUCACUCGCGGAAUAUUGACAAUCGCGGGUGGCAAUGUCCUACUUAUCUCAUGUGGUGCGUAUAUUUUCCCACCUGGAUGAAAGACAAAAGACGUAUUGCCGGGAGAGAAUCGGCUACUUUUGUUCCUCGUACCAGGGACUAAAAGACAGCUUUUCAACGAGGUGGGAAAAAAAAUUAUCUCCGCCAUCACUGUAGUAGGCACCAAACUUUGAGGCACACGAUGCUAGGAUUUUUAAGUUUAUAAACAUCAGUAACACGGUGCGAAUAACUUUUCUGAAAAGGAGCGUGCAUGCAAGCUUUCAGCAAUACUGCUUCUUCUCUUUCGACUACGAGUGCCACGAACCUUGGCGAUAAAAUAAGAUAUAAAAUACAUUAUAUUUGAAAAAAUUCAAAACAAUUGUGAACUAUCGAGUGCUUUUCAUUUACGUGGCCUUAUAUCGUUUUAGUGCAUAAAGCUAGGCCUAAGUAUUAAAAAUAUUUUGAAAAUAAUUUUGAGAAAAUUUCUUGAUAUAUAAGUAGGUAGGGUAUUUUUUAAUGUAACUUUAUAUUCAUUAAGCAAAUAAAAAUGUUAUGAAAAGUAGAUACAUAGGUACUAAUGUUUGGAAUUGUUUCUUGAAUGCAAUAUAAAUUAUAUUACUAAUGAUGGAUCUUUCAUAAGCGCCCAUUCAGGUGAAUUUAAUUAGAAAUAGGUACAUUAGCUUUUCAAUUAAAUUGUUUGUUAUAUUAUAUAUUACGUUGCUAAUUUUCUGUUAUUUUAUAUAUAUUACCUAUGUUAAUAUUAAUGUUAGUUGUAGGUAGGUACUUAGUUAAUACAUUGACGGCUAUAAGUAACAUUAGACCGGUGAUAGUGCGAUGCGGCUGACCACAGCAGUUAGCCGGUCCGGUUGGCUAUAUCAAUGACGAUGUAUGAAGCCUUGCAGAUUAACAGCCGUUUUCAAUAACCUAUCUGUCCUUAGUUUAACUUACUAGAGGUAGACAAAUCUAUCCUUUUACGCUUACUUACAUUUCAAUAACCUAUCGACAUAAAGCAUUGGACUAUAACUAUAUUGGACAUAACUAUGGAUGGAUAAGAUCUUGUCAUUAAUCGGUGACAGCAAUGUAUCCGUAACUAGAGAAACGGCAAACCAUGUCAAUAGCCAAUACGUUAGUCAUAGAUAUAGCCAACCGGACCGGCUUACCGCUGCGGUCAACCGCAUAGCACUAUUACCGGCAUUAUCAACCACUUAAUCCGUCCGGUUUUAUUUGAAAAAACGUCAAUUUCUAUUUUGCAUGCGGUAUAGGCAUAUGUUUAGGUUUUAGUAACCGGGUGUGACUAUCAGAACAUAUUUAUUUAUUUAUUACCUAUUCCAGAAUAUUCAAUUCAAUUUCAAUUUAUUUAUUAAAUUACAAAAUAAGAAUAAUAAUAAAAGUCUUACUUACAAGCUAGUUAACACGGAGCCUGAACUAGGUAAUCCUGUGUUUCAGGUGUAUAGAGCUGAUAUUAAAACUAUGAAACGUAUAAAAAGACAUCAAUUUCUUGAAAUUGGUCCCUUCAGAUUCUGGCAUCCAAAUGUAUUCUUCUAAAGUUUAGAAACAAAUUCCCCAGUAUUAUAUUUUGCGACCGUUUGAAAAAAAAUACAGUAAUGCACUGUGUCAUUAGUCCCUGGCUGGUAUAUCUGGGUAUAAUAUACCAUGUUACACCUGAUUACGGCUAUAACGAAUCACCUACAAGUACGCAAUACCUAUUCUUUCCCUUCCUAACCUUAUAUUGAAAAUUUCUAAUUAGUGGUCGACAUAUCUCUAGUAACUAUGUGUAUUAGGUGUGUGAUCAUCUGUUUCUUGCUUUUACUAAAUAGUACCUAGACAUGUAGGUGAGCACAUAAGUACUUUUAUAAUUAGUGCCAACCAACUCGUAUUUUUUUUUAUUGGUGAUAUGUAAAACGAGCAUUUCACGCGCUCGCUACGAGCAUUACAAGCCGUGCGAACGAACACAAAGAGGCGCGUUCGCGGCUAAAUGGCGAAAACAGACGUAUGUGGGAGGUUCGUACAACAUGCAAUGAAAGAUAGAAUGAUACAUUUCACCAGUCUGUACGCACCUUUAAAAAUGUAUCUGCGGCCUACUAGUAUUAUGCCACUAUGGAUUGUGAUUUAAUGCGACUAGCAAUUGAUUGUACUUACCUAAUUAAUUACUAAACUUUUAUUCAUUAGGCACGGACUAGUAAAAAAAUAAGGACUCCGUGUCACCUUAUAUAACAGAUUAACGUAUAAAUACAUAGCCCCACGCACACACUUACACUACUACAGGCCGAUAGACGGCCAUUAUGAGAAUUGUCAUCGUCUAUGACAGAUCAGUUUGCGUCUCAAUAAAAUAUUUUAAAAAUGCCGUCGUGCGUUGUGAAAAAGUGUAAAAACGAUACUAUAUAAGUAUUUGUGGCCAUAUAUGAUUAAAAGGCAUAAAAAAAGGCAUUUAUUUUCUCAAAAUUGAUUCCUUUAGAAUUCUUUUUGAUGUCAUUUCUUAUACUACUACCGCUUCGGAACCAAAUGGCGCUCUGAGAGAGAAGAAGCGGCGCAAGAAACUCUCCCAGCAUUCUUUUUUCUGCGCUCUUUUCAAUGAAAAUAUACAAUAUUGUACAGUCGCUAUAAAAUAAUCACAAUCUAGUCCCAGGCUGUCCGAUCAUUUAGAUAUUCAGCAGUGGAGUAAUAGGAUUUACGACAGAGCCAUUUCUUUAUAAAACAUUUAAAUUUAUUUAUAGAUAAUGCCUGAACAGUGGCUGGGACUUUAUUGUAGAAGUGUAUACAUUUACCAUUAAAGCUAUUAUGUAUCUUAUGAAGCCUACUAGAAUUAGUUACAAGCAAUCCCUUAUUUCUAGUGUUAUAAUAAUGAAAAUCACUAUUAAGAGCAAAAAGGUGACGAUUUUUGUCAACAUAUAUUAAAUUUUCAUAAAUGUACUGACAAUAAACUAUUUAAGGAAAAAAAUAUUUAAGGAAGAAAAGUUUGUGUAACUAGUAUCCCCCGUAACCGCACACGCACUAGCAUAACGGUGCUUUACUUGCUAAUAUCACGGCGCGGAGUCCAUCUUUUUUUACUCGUCCGUGUCAUUAGGUAGGUACGCGUUUAUACUUAGGUACAUAUUAUGACAAUUAUAACACAUUGCAAUAAAGUAAAAAAAAUCAAUAAUAGCAUUGUAUCUAGUUGAUAUUAAGCAUAAUAUCUAAUAUUAAUUUUUGUAUCUAAAGGUAAAAUAACCUGUUGAUAAUGUUUCAAACGAAAUGAAAAGCGACUACCACAAUAGCUGGCUAAAGAUCUCCCUUCUCUGUCACACUGCUCGCCACACACUUUUUCUCUUUCGUUCGUUACGUGUGGACCCGGCAUUAUAGGUGAUGGGUGAAAUACGUAAAUUGAAUUUUUUUUAAUGAAAAUUAAGGACGAGACGAGCAGGACGCUCAGCUGAUGGUAAUUGAUACGCCCCACCCAGUACAAUGCAGUGCCGCUCAGGAUUCUUGAAAAUCCCAAAUAUUCUGAGCGGUGCUCGUCACAUUACAUAUAUGACAUAAGAUAUUAAGUCUCAUUAAGAACAAGUCCUCACUCUAGAUAAAAUAUAAUAAUUUAAAUAAAAUACUUUUUAAACAAUUAAAACCCGUGUGAUCGUAACUGAAUUUUGAUAUUAAUUUGAAUACGAAAAUAUAAAAAUUAGCUCUGACCAACUGAGCGUAAUGUCACAAAAUAAAUUUUAGUAUUCCGAAGUAAUAUAUGUUAAAAUAAUUUAUAAUUACACUCCUUUAAAAGUAUUUUAAAGUUUGAGUCGAUAACUUUGCCAUAUAUUUAUCUCAAGCUAGCUCAAAUUGCUACAAAAUUAAUAGUUGAACUUCGAAGUGAGGUAAUUAAUUGUAUAGUUAUAACUUCACCUAGUUACUCACCAUAAUAUUUCUUAAGUAGUCUAAGAAAUCAACAUGCUUUCUAAUUUUGAUGUUUGAACAAUUAUAAGGAUUUGCAAUAAAAAUGCUUUAAUUGACAA